GGAGAAGCUGUGCAGGUCGGUAGCGAGGCCGGCGAGCUCGCCCACUCAUCUCGGCCCACUCCGUCGUCCUGGGCUUUCGAAGAUGUCCGCCAAGCCCGAGGUCGGCUUCGUGAAAGAGGCUUCUCGCCAGAUCCUGGCCGGUGGUUCCGCUGGUCUUGUAGAAAUUUGCCUGAUGCACCCCCUCGACGUGGUGAAAACCAGGUUCCAGAUUCAGAGAUGUGCAACUGAUCCAAACAGUUAUAAAAGCUUGGGAGACAGUUUUCGAACAAUUUUCCGAAUAGAAGGGCUGUUCGGUUUUUACAAGGGAAUUCUGCCACCCAUCUUGGCUGAAACACCAAAAAGAGCAGUGAAGUUUUUCACCUUCGAGCAGUACAAGAAAUUGCUAGGAUAUGUGUCACUGUCACCAGCAUUGACAUUUGCCAUUGCUGGAUUAGGAUCUGGACUAACAGAAGCUAUCGUGGUUAACCCUUUUGAGGUAGUAAAGGUUGGCUUGCAAGCGAAUCGGAACAAAUUUACAGAGCAACCAUCCACUAUGAGUUAUGCAAGACACAUCAUUAAGAAGGAAGGCUUGGGACUCCAGGGCCUCAACAAAGGAUUUACAGCAACUUUGGGACGUCAUGGGGUUUUCAACAUGGUUUAUUUUGGCUUCUACUACAACGUCAAAAACAUUGUUCCUGUCAAUAAGGAUCCAACCUUGGAGUUUUUGAGAAAAUUUGGGAUUGGUCUUCUCUCGGGCACAAUAGCCUCAGUCAUUAACAUCCCUUUUGAUGUUGCCAAAAGUAGGAUUCAAGGGCCUCAGCCAGUUCCUGGAGAGAUCAAGUACAGAACCUGUUUUAAAACAAUGGCAACAGUCUACCAGGAAGAAGGGAUUUUAGCUUUGUACAAAGGCCUGCUUCCCAAGAUUAUGAGGCUUGGACCAGGUGGUGCAGUGAUGCUGCUGGUUUAUGAAUACACCUAUUCAUGGCUUCAAGAGAACUGGUAAUGCUAUUGCGGCCUGUGAGGGAGAGUACUGCCUGCAUGGAGGCCAUGAAAUUGAACCUUUAACCUCUCCCUGUGAAUGGGAUGGGAAAGGACCUCUGAAGAGUGCAUUUGCCAGUUUAAGAACAACACUUUUACCCCCUAAGAAACAAAGGAAAUAUGUCAACAUUAGCCAAUAAUAAUAACGUCUAAAAAUUAAACAAUCCCCAUCCCAUUUUCCUUCCCUUAUUUUUAAAAGUAGCUUUAAAUCAUAACUUGCUUUGAAUAGCAAGUUGUAUUCUAGCUUUCUGUUGUCUUUAAGUUACUCCAUGUGAAUUCACUGUUGCUAAGAAAAGACCUGAGGGGAAGAAGAGAAGGAAAAAAAAAAAUCUUGGUAUCAUUAAUAUUAGAUUUUUUAAAAAUACAAGAACCAGAAAAAAUUAUAAAUAGAAUAACAAGAGAUUUCUUAAUUUAGAUAAAUAUUUCAUUGUUUCAUACAAUUGAGUUUUUUAAAGACUCUUAAUAGCCACCUAAAAAUAUCUGAUAAAGGAUAAUUCUGUACCUUAUGUCAGUUUUUCUGGAUGGCAGGAGAGUCCCUGUACAGUAUGGUUUUAAAGUCUUCACCAAAAUAUUGGACUGGUAUCUUUGUUCCAUUCGGUUUAUAGUCUAUUUUCUUACCAGACUGGGAACUCCAGAUGUCAAUAGGAGUUUUACAAGAUCAAAGGAAGACUAUGGCCCUGAGAGUUCAUCUGCUCCUUCUGCUUAUUCUUCUCCUGAAGUUAUAAUCCUCUGUUUGUAGCACUGAAUUUCAGUUGCUUUAGAAAUAAAUGCAGUUCAAAGCCCUCUAAGAUAUCUGUAGUUGGAAAAAAAGCAGUUCUUUGAAUGUAACUUGUGUGUCAGAAAUCUGCUUACUGUUUAUAUGCUAGUGAUCUGAAAACCUAGUUCCUCUAGCCAUCUGAGUUUUUUAAAUGAAGCCAUGAAACCGAUGUGGCGGAACUGGGUUGCCAUGUGGACUGUGCACAGCACAGAGAGGAAGAAACCUAGAUCACCUAACCGAAUGCAUCUUUAACAUCCAUUAUCUAGUGAUGUGCCCUCUUAGUUAUUGCACAGAAUGCCAAAAAAAAAAAAAAACCCAAUAUAUUAAUUUUCCAAUAGAUGAAUUGUACCAAUGUUUUUAAAACAUAGUUUCAAGCCUAUAUCCCAAGCAUGAAGAACUUUCUAAACAGAAAAGAAAAAAUGUAGAAUUAUACCCAAGAAAAGCAAUUGUUUUAAAACACGACACGACACCACACACACACACACACACACACACACACACACACACACAUCACAGCUCUACUAUUAACAUUAAAGUGAAAACAGAAUUGGUCUAGAAAGACUUACUGGCUAAACUAGGUCCUUUAACUGCAGAAAUGAAUAAAGGGAAUUUUAAAAAAUUAAAUAGCAUCUGUAUUUCUAAUACCACCACCAGUUUACCUACAUGUGAAACAUGCUUCUGUACAACAAUGUAAACUUCACAGCAAGCCAUUUUUACAUUCACUAGAGCAGAA